AGCAGAUUGCUCAUUAAGUGCCAAACCAAGCAAAAGUCUAUGAGUGUGUUUUUCAGUGGCAACAGGCCAGCCAUCUGCUCUUCCUUUAUUCAUUCAUUAACAUGUCUUCUUUGUGUGUGCGUGGACUUGUGUGUAUGUGAGUGUGAGUGUGUGUGUGUGUGUGUGUGUGUGUGUGUGUGUGUGUGUGUGUGUGUGUCCAAGCAUUCAUCAUCACAACAGCCUACUUGCUGGCCAAGUGUACAACGUCACUGAUGUUGUUGUCUGAAAGAAAAAAAAAAAAAAUCCCAACAGUUGUGUGUCAGAUGGCUCGGUCACAUGACCAUGGCUGCCUGCGAUUGGCCGGGCCGCUGGGCUAAAAAUGCUUGGCGCAAUCCCCGGCUCAUGAGUUUUCUUGGUGACAGUGACAGUGAGCGGACACAGCAAGAGCGGAUACCCAAAAGGAUCUUAACUGAGAAGGAAUCCCUGAAAAAAUACUGCAGGAAGGACAGAGAGUACAAAAGGAGGAGAAAGCAAUACGGGGGAUGACAUAGCCAAAGAAAUGAGGAUCCUACAGCUGAAUGAAUGUGUGAAAAUCUUGAGCUUUAACCAGCGUACCUAAGAGAAGGGGACCUCCCCAACCAAAGCCAAAGUACUUUUAUACCAAAGCAACAUAACCAAACAGAAACAAACCAAACUCAAACCGAGAAGCCCGAGAAGCCUGAAUCCGAUCGCUUGCAGUUCAUUCUACACUGUCGACAUGAAGCUGGAGAGCACACAGGGAGACAUGAGCGGCUGGAGGGAGAUGGACUUUGCCCUCAACUGCACCUACAUCGUGCCGGACCAGGUGUCGGACCCCAGCUUCAGCCUGCCCAAAGCCAUGACUUCCAUCCCACGGAACCUCACCUUCGAGUACGGCGCGGACAACGAGGUAACGGGUGUGUUCAGCAAAGAAUACAUCCCUCAGGGGACUCGUUUUGGUCCCCUUCAAGGAGACAUCUACACCAAAGACAGCGUGCCCAAACAGGCCAACAGGAAAUACUUCUGGAGGAUUUAUAGCGGCGGCCACCUUCAAAACUUCAUUGAUGGCUAUGACGUCAACAGGAGCAACUGGAUGCGCUAUGUCAACCCGGCACGCUCCCUGGCCGAGCAGAACCUGGUGGCGUGCCAGAACAACCGGGACAUCUACUUCUACACCCUUCGCCCGGUGGAGCCCAACCAGGAGCUGCUGGUGUGGUACAGCCAGGAGUUUGCCCAGAGGCUCUGCAGCCAGCAGCAGGGUGAAAUCAAACAGAAGUACACGAGUUCUGAAGAAGACCAUGAGCCAGAGUACACCAAACGGCACCUACCUCAGCAGACGUGGCUCACAGAACGAACAAAGGAGGGGGUGAAAGAAGAGAGGGAUGACGAUUGCGAGGAGAAGAUAGAUGUGGAGAUGCUGGAGAGAGACACUCCGCCUGACACGCCUGACGACCACGUCAUGGACUUCAGCAAAAAGGUUGAGAAAGAGGAGAGCAGCGACAGAGAUCCAGAGGGACGGGUGAUCAUUCCUUCCCCCCAGCCCGAGCACAGAGAGCUCGGCCUGGGCUUGAUUCACCCAUACCUGCACCAUCCUGAACUCCAGCCCCAGCACAGAAAUCUCCCUCUGCAUCUCCACGGCCUCUACGGCCACAGGGAGGGUCUUGUUUCAUCUUACCCCCUUUACCCUCAAUCCAGACCCCUCCAGCCUCCUUACCAGCUCCUUCCUCCCUACGCCCCACAUUAUCCCCGCCUCCUCCUCCCCUCGUACUCCCCUCCCUUCCAUAGGAUACUGACCACAACGGGACCCGUCCACCACAACAGCUACCUGGGCACAGACGGACUCCCAUAUCAACCCAUCAGCCAGCCCAAACCACUCCCAGUCUCCCCCCCCUACCCUCUGUCCCAGCAAGGGGGUUUGAAAGAACUCACACCCAAUGUGUGCCCAGCCACCCCAGAGCUCUCCCCUCUCCCCAAGGCCGCCAAUCAGCAUCAGUCUCCCGAGCAGUCGCCCUCUACUUGCGAGGAGGCCAUGAAUCUUAGCCUGGCUCCAACCAAAGGCAGCACAGCGCCACGCAACGGCCCCGGCCACAAAUCCCUGCCCUACCCACUGAAGAAGCAGAAUGGGAAGAUCAAGUAUGAAUGUAACAUCUGCUCCAAGACGUUCGGACAGCUGUCGAACCUCAAGGUCCAUCUCCGAGUGCACAGCGGCGAGAGACCGUUCCAGUGUAACCUGUGUAAAAAGAGCUUCACUCAGCUGGCCCACCUCCAGAAGCACCACCUGGUCCACACGGGGGAGAAGCCACAUGAAUGUCAGGUGUGUCACAAACGCUUCAGUAGCACCAGCAACUUGAAAACACACUUGCGCCUCCACUCCGGGGAAAAGCCAUACCAGUGCAAGCUGUGCGGCACCAAGUUCACCCAGUACAUCCACCUGAAGCUGCACCGCCGCCUUCACAGCACCCGCGACCGCCCCUACCGCUGCCAGCUCUGCGCUCUGACCUUCUUCCACCGCUUCUCCCUCCGCAUCCACCAGCGCAGCUGCUGCCUCGCCAACACCAACGCCCCCGUCAACGCGCACAUGAAAGAGAUGGUGGAGCGGUUCGACGCCAGCCAAGAGGCCGACACGCUUGCAGAGACGGCGUCAGCACCACAGGUGGAGGAGGCCGUGGAGCGGUGGUUGGCCCGUACCCUGGAAGGCGAGGGGAAGGAGGACCAGAAGGAGGCCACCAUUCUGCUGAAAGCGCUGACGGCGGCAAUUAACGCACCAUCGAUGGCGCAAUCAGCUACGUCGCACCACAGCUCUCCAGUGGCCUAUCAGGAGAGGGCCAGCGUCGUUCAUCUCCACACACGGGCGACAGUGAAAACAGAAGGACAGUGAGAAGGUGGAGGGGAAAACAAGGACAUACAGCAUCCCAUCAACCAAGAAAAGAGAUGUCGCCAAAAAAACCUCCCGAUAUUGUCCAUGAAGGGCAUAACGGGAGAUAUAAACUUCCAUAAUCCAAUGAGCGCAGCACCAAAAGAAGAGCAUUCCAAAGACUGAGGCUAUUCAGUGAUUGUACUUCCUCCCAAAUGUCAGUUUCAAAUGAAAUCAGGGAGGGAUGUUGUUGAAGCUGUGAAUUAUUUAAAACUCUUUUCACUCAGGUAGAGAAGUGUUUGCUUUUUGUGCUUUAACUUAUUACCUUUUUUUUUAAAAAAAGAAAAACAACUUUUGAUUCCUCUAUAUUUAUUUAGUUGUGUCAUAGCUUCUGCUAGUGUCUUUUUCAUGUGUGCUGGCAUUUUCCAAGGCGAUCUGAUCUUUUAGGAAAAACCGCAAAUGGACUCAGGAACGAUAUGCGGUCCAGUCUUCCCUUGUUAUGUUAUAUUUUUACUUUUUGUGUGUGACGGUGCGUUUGAGCUUUUGCAAGUGGAAGUUUUUAUAUGAACGACAGGGCACAGUGACGGCACAAACAACCUUCCUGCUCCUCGACUGUUUGCACCUAUUUUUAUUUAUUUAUGAUAAUAAAAAAGGGAAAAGAAAAUCAGGUACCUUCAAACUGUGUGUUAAUAAGCCAUUGCCAAAAUCAUAAUCAAAGAAAAUGAAUGUGUAGCAACGUUUUUUUAGUGGGGAUCAUUAUUCAACUCAAAGGGAGAAAAGAGGGUCAGACAGAGCAUUAAUCACUUUUUUCUUGAUUAACCAGCAACUACUCACAGCUAAUUCAGAAAGACGCACUGUUGCUGAACAUAAACAAAUGCCACGAAAAGAAACAAAUAGACAAGACCCACUGGAAAAUACAUUUUUUAUGUUGUCGGUUACUGCUUGUUAACCUUUUUUUUUUUUUUUUUUUACUGGGUUCAAAUGUUUCUGAUAUUUCAUAUAAACAAAGCUUUACUGUAAAUGUUAACCUGAGCUUCAUCCAAAUCUUCAUACAGACGUCGGUACCUCAUAUUCAGCAUUGGACAGCACAACCAAGAGACGCAGAAGCACAUUUUUGCAACACUGUCUAUAAUUUCGUCACGUAGCACUGGAUUUAAAAAAGAAAAAAAAUGCAACUUGAUCUGUGUGCUUUUGGUGUUACCCAAAACCAGAGGGCAGGGAUUUGUGUCCUUAGCCAGUAAUGUUCCUUCUUGUACCAUUUUGUAGUUCUAUUUUCUUAUGUACAAUAUGUUUGUCUAUGUAGUUCUAUUUUUGGAAACAGGUUAUAAGAUGUUAAGAAUUUAUAUGUGAGAGACUAUUUUGAUGGUGACUUUUAUAUUUACAUGAUGUAGCAUAUUAAAGAUAUUGUUUCUAUA